AUGGAAAAUAUUCAGGUUAAACAAGAAAUCAUUCAACAGUUCAACACAUAUGCGGAUCGGAUUAAAGUUUCACAUCCACUUUCUGUGAUUGAUCUCAGUAGUAGCGACUCCGAUUCCGACUCUUCGGAUUCGGAUUCCGACACUGGCGGUGAUGUUAACGGGAAGAGGUCUAGGGUUUCGAGUGGUGGUGAAGGACAUGUGUCGAAGAAGAAGAAAUUGGAGGAACUAGGUGUGGUUUUACCGGUUGGGUUUCUUGAUCCUUUGCCGCCGAAAGAUACGCCUCUGGCGUUGCCGCCACCGCAGGCGUUGCCUCCAUCGACGGCCAAUGGGAAUGCGAGUGCGGUUGUGGAUGCUCAGAAUGUUAAGCAGUUCUGGAAGGCCGGUGAUUAUGUGGGAGCUCCUGGUGGAGAUUGGAAUAUGUCAUCGGGUGGCAUGGAUCAUGUCAGGGUUCAUCCCAAGUUCCUACAUUCCAAUGCAACGAGUCAUAAAUGGGUUCUUGGCGCUUUUGCGGAGCUUUUGGACAAUUCUUUGGAUGAGGUCUGCAAUGGAGCUACGUAUGUCAAUGUUGAUAUGGUAAGAAAUAAGAAAGAUGGGAGCAGAAUGUUGUUGAUUGAAGAUAAUGGUGGUGGGAUGGAUCCGGAUAAAAUGCGGCAUUGUAUGUCGCUUGGGUACUCUGUAAAAAGCAAAGUAGCAGAUACUAUUGGACAGUAUGGAAAUGGUUUUAAGACGAGUACCAUGAGGUUAGGAGCUGAUGUUAUCGUGUUCUCACGGUGUUGUGGGAAAGAUGGGAAAAGGCCCACACAAAGCAUUGGGUUGUUGUCCUACACAUUUUUGAGGAGCACAGGGAAGGAAGAUAUUGUAGUCCCUAUGCUCGACUAUGAAAGAGGAGGACAAGAAUGGAACAAGAUUAUACGAUCAUCUGCUGGUGAUUGGAAUGUAAAUGUCGAAACUAUCGUAAGAUGGUCUCCAUUUUCAAGUGAAGCAGAUCUCCUCCGGCAGUUCAAUCCUAUUAAAGACCAAGGUACCCAUGUAAUCGUUUACAAUCUUUGGGAAGAUGACCAAGGACUGUUGGAACUUGAUUUUGACGCUGAUCCACAUGACAUCCAAAUUAGAGGUGUCAACAGAGAUGAGAAGAAUAUACAAAUGGCAAAACAGUUCCCUAACUCUAUGCACUUCUUGACCUAUCGACAUUCACUCAGGAGUUAUGCAUCAAUUCUCUAUCUCAGAAUUCCUCCUGGCUUCCGUAUUAUACUUCGUGGGAAAGAUGUUCAGCACCAUAAUGUGGUGAAUGAUAUGAUGAUAACCCAGGAGGUUACGUAUCGUCCACAGCCUGGUGCGGAUGGGGUCACAAAAGAUUCAAAUAUGGUUGCUGUUGUUACUAUUGGGUUUGUGAAAGAUGCUAAAUUUCAUAUUGAUGUUCAAGGAUUCAAUGUUUAUCACAAAAACCGACUGAUUAAGCCGUUUUGGAGACUUUGGCAUGCUCCAGGAAGUGACGGUCGUGGAGUGAUAGGUGUGUUGGAAGCUAAUUUUGUUGAACCAGCUCAUGAUAAGCAAGGGUUUGAGCGUACCACAGUUCUUUCAAGGCUUGAGGCUCGAUUAGUACAAAUGCAGAAGACAUAUUGGUCCACAAACUGCCAUAAGAUUGGCUAUGCUCCACGGCGAAAUAAGAAAUUUAUGGAUGAUAAAGAGAGUUCUCCUGAUUAUGUACCUCUGACAUCAUCUCCAUCUAAAAAGAAGAGUAAUGCCGCUAGCAGCAAGACGCCAGUUUCAAAAUCAGACAAAUUCUAUUCACAGUCAAAUAAGCAGCAGGUAAGAAGAGAGCCAGAAAGACAUCCGAAAACAUUGGACAAGGGUCAUGGGAAAGGACAUCUGUAUGGUAAGGGGGACAAUAGAUGGAAGUCAUCUGGAAAAGGCGCCAGUUCUUCAGGAACAUCAUCACCUGCGGUGGAGGAUGUCAGUGAUGAUGGCGCUCAAACACCCAGAAAUGUGAGACAAACAAAUGGCAGUUCUCACAAGGCAUUACCCCAUAAGAAGCCAUUUGCGAAUGAUGGUUUGCAAACAGUUCGGUCACCUUCAUGUUUGGGAGAUGACGAAGCUGAGCAAGAUUAUUCAUCAGGUGGAAGAGCCCGACACAGACUUUCACAAUCAAAGGGAGAGGAUGUUGCCGGAAAUGAGUCUUCACCUUCAAAUUCCCAUACACAUGCUUUGGAGCAGUUAAGAAAAGAGAAUCACGAGUUAAGAGAAAGAUUAAAAAGGAACGAGGAAGAGAUUUUAGGUGAUCUGCUGCAGGAUUUACAGCUUGAGAGAGACAGAUGCAAAUCACUUGAAACUCAGCUCCAGGAGGCAACACAGAAGAUUGAAGAAUUGAACAAGGAACAAGAAAGUUUAGUAGACAUAUUUUCAGAGGAAAGGGAGCGUCGAGACAUAGAAGAGGAAAAUUUGAGGAAGAAGUUAAAGGAUGCAUCAACAACCAUCCAAGAGUUGCUUGACAAGGUGAGGCUGUUGGAGAAGAUUAGGUCUCCUAAUUGCAAAAUGGAGCGUUAGGUGUGCAACAUCAUUCUUGCGUUGAGAUUGUAAAUGGUUAGAAUUAAACCCUUUAUACUAGUCUUUGAGUACAAGAUUUUCACGAGUAUUUGGGCUUUGACUAAGCUGUAGAAGUUUUCUUAGUAGAGCAUCGUCCUUUGCAUGGUUUACUGACAAAGGCCUCUUGUACCCGACCUUCACCAAGAUGUUUCCUUGUAUUAAAAAGCUGAUGUAAAGUAAGAUUAUAGACAAUUCAAGGGACAUUGAAGGCUAUUUUGUGUCGGUGCCAAGUUUUGUUUGGGCCAUUCUAGUUUUUUGAUGUAAUUAUAGGUAUCCUUUUGUUCAAUGAUG